AUGGAGGUGGCGGCAGCGAAGGUACUGGUGAUAGUGUUGAUGGAGGUUGUGAUGCGUUUCUGUAUUAGUGUUGCUUAUGGUGGCGAAGGCGGUGAUUAUGACGAAGGAGAUGGUGGUUGUACUGUGGGCGUAGGUGGUUAUGCUAGUUGUGGUCUAUGGUUCAACGGUAGUGAUACUGGUUACGGUGGAGAUGGUGGUGACGAUAUUGCUGGUUAUUCCGGUAGUGGCAGUGGUGAAGCUUGUAUUUCUGGAUCUGGUUUUCACUCUUCUUGUGGUGGUGGUGGUGGUGACAGGAGUAUUGAUGGUGGCAGUGAUAGUGAUGGUCGUGGCCGUGGAUCUAAUGAAGUUGAGAUUGUAGCGAAAUCAAUUGUUGGCGGAGUUGAAAAACUUACGAUCCAAGCACAUUGUUUCUUUUAA